CCGGAUGUGUUUGUGAAGCGCACAGGUUCUCUCUGCGUCUGUUUGAGAUGGCGCUCAGUGUGUGAGAGAGCGAGGCCUGCUUGUCCUUCUGCUGAUUAAAGCUAGUUCUGUAGUUCGGUAGUGUGUGUGUGUGUGUGGACACGGCGGAGACGAUGGACGGAGGGAAACCCUCGCUGGUUCUGGUGUGUCAGGCUGUACAGGCGCUUUAUCACGACCCGAAUCCCACCGGGAAGGAGCGAGCCUCGGUGUGGCUGGGGGAGCUGCAGAGAUCGAUGUAUGCCUGGGAGAUUGCAGACCAGCUCUUACAGUUGAAGCAGGAUGUUGAGUCGUGUUACUUUGCUGCACAAACCAUGAAAGUGAAAAUUCAGACAUCAUUUUAUGAGCUUCCCCAGGAGACACACCUCGCCCUGCGUGACUCUCUCCUCUCCCACAUCGAAAACCUCAAAGACCUCUCACCCGUCAUCAUCACACAGCUUGCCCUGGCGAUUGCUGAUCUUGCACUGCAGAUGCCGUCAUGGAAAGGCUGCGUUCACACCCUUAUAGAGAAGUACGGUAAUGAUGUGACCGCAAUGCCUUUUCUGACUGAAAUCCUCACGGUGCUGCCGGAGGAAGUGCACAGUCGAUUGCUGAGGAUAGGUGCUAACCGGCGGACAGAAAUCAUAGAGGAUCUCGCAUUCUAUUCCACCACAGUGGUCACUCUGCUGAUGUCAUGCGUGGAGAAGUCUGGAAGAAAUGAGAUGAUGCUCAUUAAAGUGUUCCGCUGCUUAGGCAGUUGGUUUAACCUGGGUGUGCUGGACAGCAACUUCAUGGCCACUAAUCAGCUGCUGGUGGUUCUGUUCCAAGUGCUGCAAAGGGACGAGUCUCCCACUAACCUGCAUGAAGCUGCGUCCGACUGUGUAUGUUCAGCCCUCUAUGCCAUUGAGAAUGUAGAUACACAUGUGGCACUUGCCAUGCAACUGUUCCAGGGUGUGUUAACACUAGAGACAGCGUAUCACAUGGCUGUGGCCCGAGAGGACCUCGACAAGGUGCUGAAUUACUGCCGCAUUUUCACCGAGCUGUGUGAGACAUUUCUGGAAAUUAUAGUCAGGAGUCCAGGACAUGGUAUGGGUGACCUGCGCACCCUGGAGCUGCUGCUCAUAUGUGCUGGACAUCCUCAAUAUGAGGUGGUGGAAAUAUCCUUUAACUUCUGGUACCGACUGGGCGAGCAUCUGUACAAGACGAGCGAUCCGGCACUGCAUGGUGUAUUCAAACCCUACAUCCAGAGACUACUACACAGUCUGGCACGCCACUGUCAGCUGGACCCAGACCAUGAAGGAAUUCCAGAAGACACAGAUGACUUCGGAGAGUUCAGGCUGAGGGUAUCAGACCUUGUCAAGGAUGUUAUUUUCCUUGUAGGCUCAAUGGAGUGUUUCUCACAGCUGUAUUCUACUCUUAAAGAAGGAAACCCACCCUGGGAAGUCACUGAGGCUGUACUUUUCCUAAUGGCCUCCAUUGCGAAGAGUGUAGACCCUGAGAACAACCCCACUCUAACAGAAGUCCUGGAACAGGUUGUGCUCCUUCCUCAGACGGUGCACAUCGCUGUGCGCUACACCAGCAUCGAACUGGUGGGGGAGAUGAGCGAGGUGAUGGACCGCAACCCUCGCUUCUUAGACCCUGUAAUGGACUACCUAAUGAAGGGGCUGCGGGAGAAGCCACUGGCCUCAGUAGCAGCAAAGGCCAUUCAUAACAUGUGCUCAGUGUGUCGGGAACACAUGGCGCAACACUUUCAGGGUCUGCUCCACAUCGCACGCUCACUCGACUCCUUCACUCUGAACACAGAGGCUGCCAUCGGCCUGCUCAAGGGCACAGCGCUGGUGCUGGCUCGGCUGCCGCUGGAAAAGAUAGCAGAGUGUCUGAGUGAUCUGUGUGCUGUUCAGGUCAUGGCCCUGAAGAAGCUGCUUUCUCAGGAGUCCAGUAAUGGAAAAUCAUCAGACCCUACAGUGUGGUUGGAUAGACUGGCAGUAAUCUUCAGACAUACAAAUCCUUUUGUAGAGAAUGGACAAGUGCACCCCUGUCAAAAAGUCAUCCAGGAGAUCUGGCCUGUGCUGUCAGAGACAUUAAACAAACACCAGGCGGAUAACCGCAUUGUGGAGCGCUGCUGUCGAUGCCUGAGGUUUGCCGUGCGCUGUGUGGGGAAGGGCUCGGCGGCACUGCUACAGCCUCUUGUCACGCAGAUGGUGAGUGUGUACCAGGUGUACCCACACUCAUGCUUCCUGUACUUGGGUAGUAUCCUGGUGGACGAGUAUGGAAAUGAGGAGGGCUGUAGACAAGGCUUGCUGGACAUGUUGCAGGCUCUCUGCAUGCCCACCUUCCAGUUACUGGAGCAGCCCAAUGGCCUUCGCAACCACCCCGACACUGUGGAUGACCUGUUCAGACUCGCUACUAGGUUUAUCCAGCGCAGUCCGGUCACAUUGUUAAGCAGCAGUAUCAUUGUCCACAUCAUCCAAUGUGCCAUUGCGGCCACGACGCUGGACCACCGAGACGCCAACUGCAGUGUUAUGAAGUUUGUCAGAGACCUCAUUCACACCGGGGUCUCCAAUGAUCAUGAAGAUGACUUUGAGGUGCGGAAGCGUCUGAUUGCCGAAGCCAUGCAUCAGCACGGCCAACAGCUUGUAACACAGCUGAUACACACCUGCUGCUUCUGCCUGCCUUCAUACACACUGCCCGAUGUGGCCGAGGUGCUUUGGGAGAUCAUGGUGUUUGACCGACCGACGUUUUGCCGUUGGCUAGAGGUGGCACUAAAAGGCCUUCCCAAGGAGUUGACGGGAGGAGCUGUAACAGUCACUCACAAGCAGCUGACAGAUUUCCACAAGCAGAUCACAAGUGCAGAGGAGUGUAAGCAGGUGUGCUGGGCAGUGAGGGAGUUCACCAGGCUUUACCGAUAGCUGGCUUCACAAACUUGUGCUUCAGUGUUGGGUCAAAUCUUAUGUUUCAAAACAUCAAAAUUACGACAGAGAGGCUCUAAAUCGGCUGCUUAUUGAAAAAUGAAAGAGACUGUUGGGACUAAGCACCAUGGAGCGCCAGUGAGACCCCGUGCGGCUUUGGAGUGAAAGGAAAUGCUUUCAGGGAGCGAAAAAAACGUCCAUGCCCUUCCUUUGCUCGCUUGCUAAGCACACUGCUGCUAUAGCUACAGCCAGUAAACUUGUUAAAGAGUGCAAGAAAGUGUACACCCAUAUUCAGCCAAAACAAAAAACAAGAAUGUGCCUGGUUGCAACCCAUAACGCAUUGUAGAAAAAUAGACUUUAGACAUUUUUUAAACAGAAACUGAGAGAUUUAUUUUCAUGGACGUGUCUUUAUGAAUCAGCUUGUUGCUGUUACACUAUCAUAAAAUGAAACGUGGAUACUCGCGGACAUUUGACGAUGGACGGGGAAUUCUGGGAGAUUUGAAUAGUCUUUUUAACACUGGCGGACUUUUACUUACCAUUAUGAAUGAGUGACCGAUUGGAUUAAUCGAAAUCUAUACAUUUUGUUCUUCCAGAUUUUUUUUCUUUUUUGGGGGGGGCGGGUGGG